CUCCAGUCUCCCCAAAUUCCCACCCAUCAUAACAAAUGUUUCCCUCCACACUCCUCCUAACUCCAAACCCCACCCUUUCCCUCAUUCCCAAACCCAAUUCCAAUGCACUUUACUUCAAAUCCCCAUCCAAAUCCCACGCGUGCUUCGCAUUCCCCCCCAAUCACGACCCCGUCGACGAGGAGGCCCGCUGGCAGAGAGAGGAGCAGCGCUGGCUGAGGGAGGAGCGCCGCUGGCUGAGAGAAGAAUCCCGGUGGAACGCCGAGCGCCAAGCUCUGCUGCAAGAGAUAAACAGCCUUAAGCUCAGAAUUCAAGACCUUGAGCGCCUCAAUUCUAUCCAGGGCGCCUCCGUUUCCGAAACCGUCGGAAAUAUCGCCAAAUUGUUGCAGGCUCUCAAGGAGGGAGAUGUAACGAAGAGUGUGAACCGAAUUGCUGAGGCCGGAACUAGCGCUGUGCGGUUAGUGGUUGAGGCAGCGAAAAAGGAGGAGGCGGAGGAAGAAAUUGUCGUAAAGGAAGUGAUCAAGGAGGAGGCGGAGGAAGAAAUUGUCGUAAAGGAAGUGAUCAGUGUUCCUGAAAAGAAGGAAAAGGUGUUAAGAAGUGCAACAUUGAGAAUAGGAUCAGAAGGAGAUGAAGUCGGGGCAAUGCAGGAAGCCUUGCAGAAACUCGGGUUCUACUCUGGGGAAGAGGACAUGGAAUUUUCUAGCUUCUCAAGUGGAACGGAGCGUGCUGUAAAAACCUGGCAAGCCACGUUAGGAUUGCGUGAAGAUGGCAUUAUGACUGCAGAGCUUCUGCACCGGUUAUUUGGAGGUUCUGAGUCGGGAGUCACCAAAAAUGAAGAACCUGAAUCAACUGAUCCAGAGAAAGGAGCUAAUGGAGCCCCAGUUGCUUCGACAGAUAUAAAUGAAGUUGAAACAGACGAAAGUACAACAGAAGCUGGGGUGCCUCGAGCUAGAGUUUUUCUUCUUGGAGAGAAUCGGUGGGAAGACUCUUCAAGGCUCUCUGGAGGAAGCAAACGAAUAGUAAAAAAUACGAAAGUAAACUCAACUACCAAUUGUCUUACCUGUCGAGGAGAAGGCCGUUUAUUGUGCAUGGAAUGUGAUGGAACUGGGGAGCCAAAUAUUGAGCCACAGUUUAUAGAAUGGGUUGAUGAAGGAGAGGCAAAGUGUCCAUAUUGUGAAGGACUUGGAUACACAGUCUGUGAGCUUUGUCAGGGGAAAACCUCCACUUGAUGAUUCAUUAUACAUGUAAAUCAUACUCUCAUUUAAUUAACAUUAAUGUUAUACCUACUGAAGCUAUGUUCCAUUGUUUAAAUUUAUAUAAAUCAUACUCUUUUCUUGUA